UGAUACCCGAGGACUUUGUCUACACGAUACGAGCACAAGGCAACCACCCGUACGUGGUCCGCUGAAUGGAGGUAUCAGGGUGUGGCGCAGCUAUAUCUUUCCUGCGUUAUGGAGCAUCCAUAUGGUCACCCAGGCUUCCUGCCGCAAGUUGGCUGUACCGGAAUACUAGCUUUAGCAUCCCGCUCUUCUUUUACCCCGCGUUUGCUGUUCCCUCUUGUAAAUCCCCGGAGCAGCGCCUUCCCGACGCGUUCUUCUGGCAGGUGCGGCAUGUGCGCGUUGCGCUCGGGCGAUGAUAGAAGCUGCUGAUGCGUGGACGACCGCGCGCCGGCUGUUCGUCGCGAACGCGCCAGAUGAGGCGUCCACGCCUCGGGCAAUGUGCGCCACCGCCUGUGCAGGCUUCGAGGGGCGAACAGCGAUGCCAUCUAUGGCCUGAACGUCGGUUCUAAUUCGGGAGCUCCAUUGCUCGGAAACGGCGACGAAAAUAGACCGGGCGAGUGAAGCAUGGUCCACGGUUCUCGAGUAUGAACGACGGUCGCGGAUUGCCUGAACGUACAGCGGGGCGCCUGUGCGCCGGAGUUUAGGACACUCCUCGUGUGCGAAAGCGCGUUCACCAUGCGCGGUACAAAAGCCAGGCGUUCGCGACGAGGGACCGACAGGAUCCCAGUCCUCUCUGCAGCUAGCUCAGUUCUCCAAGGCCUCAGCCAGUUGAUCACCCUCCGCUUUCGCCAUGUUCUGCAAAGCCACCCUGUUCACCCUCGCUUUGGCGUUCGCUGCCUCCGCCUCGCCCGUCGAGCGCGACACCGGCGUCCGCGUUGCUUUGCCUAAGCGCAGCGCCCUCACCAAGGCCGACGGCACCUUCGACCACGCGAAGGCCGUCGCUGCCUCUGCGCGGACUCUCAACAAGCACCGUCAGAACCUGAUCAACCUGCAACGCAACACUGGUAGCCUGCCCAAGGGUGCCUCCAUCAAGGAGCUCAAGGAGGUCCCUACCGUCGAGAAGCGCCAGAAGGAGAGCCUCACCGACGAGGACUCCGAUGAGGAGUGGGCUGGCACGAUCUCUAUCGGCUCCCCCGCUCAGAAGUUCCUCAUCGACUUCGACACCGGCUCGUCUGACCUUUGGGUCCCCUCGUCGUCCUGCUCUAGCUCGACUUGCUCGUCCAAGAGCAAGUACACCGCGUCCAAGUCGUCCACGGGCUCGAAGAAGAGUGGUACCUUCGAAAUCGAGUAUGGCGAUGGCUCGACCGUUUCCGGCCCCGUCUACACCGAGGACGUCACCGUCGGUGGUGUCAGCGUGACGGGCCAGUACUUCUCCCCGGUCACCACCCUCUCUUCCAGCUUCAAGGAUGACCCCAUCGACGGUCUGCUCGGCAUGGCCUGGCCCCUGAUCUCCAACCUCGGCAAGAACCCGUUCUUCAACACCGCGGACUCGGCCGGCGCCGUCUCGUCCAACGUCUUCGGCAUGAAGCUCGCCUCGUCCGGCUCGGAGCUCUACCUCGGCGGCACCGACAGCUCGCUCUACUCGGGCUCGAUCGAGUACCACUCCAUCGACACCUCCACCGGUUUCUGGCAGGCGACCGGCGCGAGCGUCAAGGUCGGCUCGAAGACGGUCGAGAGCGACUUUGACACCAUCAUCGACUCGGGCACGACCAUCAUGUACGGCCCGCCCUCGGCCGUCAAGGCCGUGUACGCCGCCGUCUCCGGCUCCGCCGUGUACGACUCCUCGGAGGGAUACUACUCCUACCCCUGCGACUCGCCCCCGACCAUCUCCUUCAACUGGGGCGGCAAAGACUGGGAGAUCUCCUCGGAAAACCUCAGCCUGGGUGAGACCGAGACCGGCUCGGGCAAGUGCGUCGGCGCGCUCGCCGGCCAGGACCUCGGCCUCGGCGACGACGUCUGGCUCCUCGGCGACAGCUUCAUGAAGAACGUCUACACCGCGUUCUCCUUCUCCAAGAGCUCCGUCGGCUUUGCGGAACUCGCUUGAUGCGAUCGUCUGAGCUUGCGGUCAUCAAAACGGCACUUUAUAAGUUAUCGCACGCGCAAUACCCCAGACUUGUCUUGUAGCAUCACGUCCCUGGAAAUGUAUUUCUUCACGCUUUGCACGAAUCAAAAC